ACGAGCGAUGAUAUAAAAGCUGCAUCGCUGAGCACUUUACUUCACAUCAGCCGGGAUACUUUUCAGGAUUGAUAUCUCUUCACACAACUGUGACAUAUAGGAUUUCCGAAGAUGACUUUCUACGAUGGCAUUUACCCAUUCUACCCGCUACAAAGGACCUCUUUCAUCUUUAGCACCAACCUGCUGACAAUCAUUCUGGUCUUCUUAGUCCUCGCGGCUUCUUUCCUUCUUAUUCUUCCAGGAAUCCGCGGGAAAUCGAGGUUUUUCUGGAUGUUCCGGAUACUCAUUAGUCUCUUUAUCGGAGCUGUAAUAGUCGCGCUAAACUUCACGGCAGAUUGGGCACAGGCCAGCUUGAAAGCCAACAGCACGUACAAGUCUUUCAGCAUCGCGGUGGUCGAUGCAGACGUGGGCCUUCACGUCGGCCUGUAUGGAAUCAACAUUACACUGCGAGGAAACCCAGUCAAUCAGCUGAAUGAGACUAUUGACUACAAUGAAGAGUUCAGGUGGACAGGCCAACUGGAUGAACAGUACGCUGAGGCGCUGGACAGAGGUCUCCCCAACCCUAUCCUGUACAUCGCAGAGAAGUUCACACGCAACAGUGCCUGCGGUCUCAUCUACCAGUACAGAUACUCAGGCCGCUACGCUUCAGCCACUCUAUGGACGGCGUUCUGCUGCUGGCUGCUAGCCAACAUCCUCUUCUCGAUGCCGGUCAUCCUCUACGCAGGCUACAUGAUGCUGGCCACCGCCGCCUUCAUCUUCUUCUCGAUGGCCUCCUUCUCUACCAUCUACAACCUGCCCCAGUGCGCCUUCACCAUUGGUGACGCCACCUUCACCACCGCUUACAGCCACUCCUUCUGGCUGGCGCUGGCCACAGGUGUGUUGUGUACGCUGAUCGGAGUGCUGGUGGUACUGUUGGACUUGCUCGUUCCGGAUCGGGUCAGAGAGGUGUUCAGCGUGGGCGGAGAUGACGACGAAGACGACCAACACAGCGACUUUCCUCACGGAUAUUUCAACUCCAGCUUCCUGGAGGGAGUGGCCAUCGAGGGAGGCAUGAAGAAAGGGGUCACACUGGACCCUCUGACCAUCUCACACUUAGUGGAGAGACUCUAACAGAACCCGCUGCUCCACGGCGUUGUUCCUGCUACUUGAUCAGAUGUGACGAGCUUGACAGAAGAAACUGCAGCGAGUCUUUCUGCUGAGAACGCCCCCCCCCCACCACACGUGUGAAAGCGACGGUCCUCCCUGUCCCACACGCCUGUGUUCUGAGCCUGAUGUAAAUAUGUAUGUAGAAUGUAUGUACAGAAUGUAUCGUUAUGUUAUAUUAUAUUAUGUAUAUUAUUAUAUUAUGUUAUAUUAUAUUAUCCUGCAUGUAGGUCAAUAAAAUAGAGAAUCUUCAGGUUA